UAGAACUCGCGUCCAACUACCUACCUGCGCACUCUGACUAAACCACGGAAAUGUAGAUGGUUUACUGCGUCCAGACUUGUUAACAAGUUGGCUCCCUAGUCUGAUCAAAGUAUUAGUGAUCGCUGGUCGAGCGCAACGGAUGUAUGCUUUAUAAUUUGGAUAGCGACGUUCUGUGGCUAGUGGGGCACUGACGGCGAGGUUGGUUAGGUAAGAAUAAAUGCCAGACAUCAAGGUUGCUCCUAGCAAGCUAGAAGUCCGAUACACUUGAAUGUUUAAUUGGAUCUGUUUCCAUUGUUUUGGCAGGUACACUGCGUAGAGUUGAGCGCCUUGCUGAUCGAAUGAAACUUGUCGUUUCUUCCCGAAUUUGUUCCACGUCGACUUCUAAAGUUAUCUCGAUAUCACAGCGAGCUACUAAAGCUAGAGCUAGCUAGCACUUCACAAGCCUCGACUGUCUGCUGAUGAGAAAGUAAAGGUAGUUAAUAACUAGCUUGAUCCCGUUUGAUUGUUAGCCAUAUGAUGUAUUGUGAAGGUUUUGGAAUGUUUAGAUCAACUUAAGCAUGGUUGGGGAUGCUUUUUAGAAUGUGAUCAAGUCUACCAGAGACAUGUAGACCGUAUGUACGUAAACUUUUCCCCCCAAUGUUAACUAGUACGUUUCGGUUUUAGGGAAUACAGGUGUGUCAGUGUGUUGGUGUUCACUUCUUCUGCCCAACCUUCAAUUGUUUUCAAAGGGCCUGCAUUAAGUUGUAGAAGAGUUAAACAGUCUAAGAAAGUGUUUUUAGUACCGUAGAGUAGAACACAAUUAGACAGGCAACGGGGCGUUAUGGCAGCUGUGGUAGGACGAGUUUGGAGCUGGGUGCGUCCAGCAAUCUCAAACCGCCCAUGGAGCAGUAGCACAGUGUCAGACAUGAGGGACGAACAUGUGAUAGAAGAAAAACAGCAUAUGACAAGCCGUUGGGGAUUGGGAACUUUGACAGCCUGGGUUUGGGGAAAAAGCAGCAAGCUAAAUGACCAAACCGUAGUAAAUGAGGAGUACAUCGAAGCAGAGGAGAAACUACAACCAAUGGAAAUUAAGGAUUUGUGUGCAGGGAAGCAGGAGACUGAAGCGAAAACAGAACAUGCCCCUAGAUGGUGGAACAAGAUCCUUCCCUCCUCAAACUUAUUUUGGCCGAGAGAAUCUGGGAAUUCUGGACUCAGACAAAGAAAAUGUAUCGGUUGGACCGAGGCAGAUUGGGACUUGGAUCACGACGAGGAGUUUUCUGACUAUGGAACCCCUCCACCCUCUCCCACACCCCCCUCUUUUCGGCAGUCACUUUAUUUCCGUCUCUUUGCACAAUCCUGGAGGGGGGAAAUAGUGCCUGAGCACUUUGAAAUCUGCUUCAACUUUAUCCGCCACCUGUUUGAUCUGUUUGUGGUGGGGUUCCUCUGGACUGUCUCCCCACCUGCCAAAUUCAUCCUGGAAGUGUUGGGGGUUCAGGGGGCCCUAAAGCUGUGGCUACAUGGAAUGGCUCUUUUCUUCGUCUCCACUGUUGGAAUGGCAGGAUUGCUUCUACUGAUCCAGGAGUUUCUCCCACAGUUUGCUCUGGUCUAUGGUAUUGUGCAGGUGUUGGUCAUCUCUGUCAGUGUCCGGCAGAGCGUGAUUCUUGGAGAGGACGAUCCACUCAAGGAAGACAUGGAAGAGAAGUUGGAUGAAGAGGAAAUAAUAGACAAUGAUGAGCAUACAGAGUUGCACCUGACUACAAAAGAAGGGUUGUGCCUUACAUAAGUUAAUUAGGCACCCUGUUUGUAUGUGGCUGACAAUUCCAUGUUCCAAGCUGAGCCCAUGGGUCUAAUACUAUGUGCAAUGAAGGGAAAAAUAAUAAGCAUCUGAAAGCGAACAUUUCAUUGUGGAGACUACUCUGAAUGGAGCAGUGGCAACGCAUUUUCACUACAUACUUGGUCAUUAUUACAAAUGUGUGUAUAUAUUAUAUUUACAUAUAUACUUGUCAUGAUCAAAACAAUUGUUCCUCUAUUUGUUACCAAAACGUACCUUCCUAUGUGUCUCAAAGAAAUGUAUAUUUGGACAUUUGAUUCUGACAUGUUUGGAAAUGGAUUUAAGUGAAUGAAUACCACUCUCUGUAGAUUUAAUAUUCACUCAAUACCAGCACCUUUUGACAUGCAAUAUUUUGUCAUGUAUAGACAAUUAAAUAGGCUUUUUUACUUUUACAUUUUGCAUGGUUAGUAAACCUAAUUUCAUAAGAAUAUCCCCAGUAUUAAAUAACAUUACUCAGUGA